GGCUGGGGCUGCAAUUGGUGAGCGUGGGUGACAGAGAAGAGUCGGGAACUGGCGGCACAAGUGCUGCCCUGUGCCGGGUGUCAUGGAAUGGCUGCUGACGAGAUGCAGAGCACUGCCCGCCCUGGCCACCUGCACCCACCAGCUCUCUGGGUACAUUCCCCGCAGGUUUCACUUUGCCCCAGGGAGAGGGAAGCGCAUGGCACUGUCCCACAUGUUCCAGCCCCAGAACCUUCGGGAAAACCAGGUGCUCUCGCUGGAGGGCAGAUCUGGUGACUUGACCUGUAAGAGCCAUCGGCUAAUGCUGCAGGUGGGCCUGAUUCACCCAGCAAGCUCUGGUUGUUACCACCUCCUGCCUUAUACCGUUCGUGCCAUGGAGAAGCUGGUGCGGGUGAUAGACCAGGAGAUGCAGGCCAUUGGUGGGCAGAAGGUCAACAUGCCCAGCCUCAGCCCAGCAGAGCUCUGGCGAGCCACCAACCGAUGGGACUUGAUGGGCAAGGAGUUGCUAAGACUUAGAGACAGACAUGGCAAGGAAUACUGCCUAGGACCAACUCACGAGGAAGCCAUUACAGCCCUGGUUGCCUCCCACAAGACACUGUCCUACAAGCAGCUCCCGAUCCUACUGUACCAGGUGACAAGGAAGUUUCGGGAUGAGCCUAGGCCCCGCUUUGGACUUCUCCGUGGCCGAGAGUUUUACAUGAAGGACAUGUACACCUUCGAUGCCUCCCCAGAGGCCGCCCGGCGGACCUACAGCCUAGUGUGCGAUGCCUACAGCAGCCUAUUUGACAGGCUGGGGCUGCAGUGUGUCAAGGUCCAGGCAGACGUGGGCAGCAUCGGGGGCACGAUGUCUCACGAAUUCCAGCUACCAGUGGAUAUUGGAGAGGACAGGUUUGCAGUCUGUCCCCGCUGCAGCUUCUCAGCCAACAUGGAGACACUGGACUCAUCUCAAACGAACUGCCCUGCUUGCCAGGGACCUCUGACCGACACCAAAGGCAUUGAGGUGGGGCACACGUUUUACCUGGGCACCAAGUACUCCUCCAUUUUCAAUGCCCAGUUUAUUAACGUCCAUGGCAAACCUGCCUUGGCUGAAAUGGGGUGUUAUGGGUUGGGUGUGACUCGAAUCUUGGCUGCUGCCAUUGAGGUUCUCUCAACAGAAGACUGCGUUCGCUGGCCUGGCCUCCUGGCUCCUUACCAAGUCUGCCUCCUCCCCCCGAAGAAGGGUAGUAAAGAGGAGGCGGCCACAGAGCUCAUGGAGCAGCUGUACGACUACAUCACAGAGGCGGUGCCACAGCUUCAUGGGGAGGUCCUGCUGGACGACAGGACCCAUCUGACCAUUGGGAACAGACUGAAAGACGCCAACAAGUUUGGCUACCCCUUUGUGAUCAUUGCUGGCAAGAGGGCCCUGGAGGACCCUGCCCAUUUUGAGGUUUGGUGCCAGAACACCAGUGAGGUGGCCUUCCUCACCAAAGAAGCAGUUGUGGCAUUACUGAGCCAAGUACAGGUCGUCUGAAUGCCCCCAGCCCCGCCCCACUGCGCAGCCGUGGAGUUCAUUCAGAUGCCGCCUUUCCUGUGCUCCUUUCUGGGGCUGGUCUCUCCAGAAACAGGGCAGCUCAUGGAAGGUGAGCACAUGUCAGGAAACCGAUUUUUAUCUCGUCAUUUAUUCACACUAUUUGUAUUUAGUCAUUCACUUGGUCCCUUCCUCUGGACUGACCAUGCUGCCACUUUAUAUCUCACUGUGGAAGCCUCUGUUAGGAGACAAGGAGGCAAGAAAGAGCAGACUUCUCAUCAUGUCCCUGAGGUGAUCACCUGCCUUGUCUCAGCUGCGUUUCCCUUGUGUGGGGCGGGAGUGGCUGACGGCCGAGGCCCUCGUGGCUCCAUAGUCUGACUGUAGGCCAUGCUACAUCGGCCCUCCUCCACUUGAACAUGUCCUCUUCCCUACUGGGGCCUCAGUUUCCGCAUCUGCAACAAAAAACUACGAGCCUAGAUCUAUGAAGUCCUUAACAACUGUCACUGGCUGGUUCCACAAGAGGUUCAUGAUAGACAGACCUGGUUCCUCUGAUGUUCUGUAGCUGAAGCUACAGAGAAAGUUCAUGUGAUGAGCUAACGGCCCCAACAGAUCUGGCUCCGUGGAGGUGGCUGUGCACUGAGGUCAUGCUGUGUUGAUUGAAUCAAGUCCGACUGUUGGGAUGAGCCUCGCACACAUUGAAAUAGUGGCAACAUCUUCCAUUUUACUAUUGUAGCGGCAGCUUGUCUUGAGAGUCUUCUUUCUUUUCCUACCGUUUCUACUCUCUAUCCCAAAAGGGAAAAAAAGGGUGUCUGGAAAACUGGACUGGAUUGGGAGUAAAAAGGAGAAAACUGUAUUUGAACAAUGAUUAAAUUUAAAAAUAAAGAAAGAAAGAAAAAAGAAAAAAAAACUUAAUUCCCACACAUACCAGGGGUAGCAGGCUUCGAGUGCCAUGUUGACAGUGCCACGUUGACCUCAGUGCAGAGUCGGAUUCCAGAGCCAUGGCAGGGGUGAAUAUUAAGGUCUCUGCCUGAACUGUGUGGAAAACUAGGAGCAGACUUGAGCCACUCCCGCAGUGCUGCCUGCUUCUGUUGCUCCCAUUCAUCAUGUUAGGGUCUCAUCCAAAUCUAACAAGGGCAAGCUCAAAGCCACCAUCUCCUAAAAAGGCCCUUGACAGCUCCUGAAAGUGGUUUUCCAUCUGGCUGCCCAGCACUCUCCCAUUAAGCCCAGAUCGCAUGCUUUCUUGUUCGGGGCCACACAGCUCCUUGUCUGGUGGGCCAGCCUCUUGUAGUUGAUAGUCACCUCCCCAGGGCCAAGGUGCUAGACAGAUUCCAAAAGCACCACAGUUCUUGUCCUGGCCAGUUCCACCUGCCACAAGCUUCCCAGCAGCUUGUUAUCACUAGAGUAACCCUACCCCAAACAAACCUCAGGUUCCUAAUUACUGCACAUGCCAAGCCCUAAUGACUCCCAGCCCUAGCACGGGGGCUCAGGCCCAGCAUUCAGGCCAGGAGAUGUGGAUUCUGACAGCAAACCUAGAAAGGCCAGAUUGUGAGGCACGGGAGCUUACCCUCGGCUGUAGUUGGAACCACCUGGGUUCCACCCAGAGCGAGGUUCUGCUUAUGGACUGGGGUGUGGCCAGGUGUUGAACCUCUGGGAUGAUUCUAAUGUGCAGAGUCCACUGAGAGCGCCUUGUGUGCGGGUAGCUGCCUUCUCUGCGCCUACUUAUAGUUGUUUCUUCUGAGUAAUUUAGGUUGCACAUUAACAGACUGAUGUAAGCUCUCUGCUUUUAGUGGUCUGGUCAUUUAUUGUUGGGGUUUGUCAUGUGCCACUGUGCUGUGAGACCCUUUUAUACACUGUUUCAGAUCUUGAAGAUGUGCAGGGGAGGUGCUCUUACUCUCCAUUUACCAAUGAGCAAACCCGAAGUUUAAGCAACUUACUCAAGGAUGCACAGCUCUUAAGUAUCCGAGCUAGAAUCCAAGUAUUGACCAAAACCUCUGCCCUCCCCACCACACUGCAUGGCCUCUGCCUGCACAAAAGUGAUUUCAGAAAAUAAAACUGGCCCUGGCUGGAGUGGCUCAGUGGACUGAGUGCCGGCCCUCAAACCAAAGGGUCACUGGGUUUGAUUCCCAGUCAGGGCACAUGCCUGGGU